AUGUGGGCAAAACAGAUUCUGUUAUCAUCUGACUCAGAGGCAGCGGUACCCCAUCCUCGGAAGCCUCAGAAUCUGGAUGACUUGUCACCUGACAGUCAGUUUUCCCUGGCAUACUGGCAACACCACUGUGAAGUCAUCAGGGACAGAAUUGAGCACAUUAAUUGGAUACCCACUACUCCGGAGCCAUUGUACACUACAACAGGUUUGGAGAUGAUGCCGCCAUACCAAACUCCUGACAAAGGCACUGUGAUUUAUCUAGGAGAAGAUACUAACAAAAACUCCUGCUUUAUGUAUUCCCAAGCUACAAGUCUCUGUCCCCUGAAGCAAAUUCUCCAUCAAAAAGGUGAUAAUACACUGAUCUUCGAAGCACGGUUUGAGAGUGGGAAUUUGCAGAAGGUGAUCAAAGUCGAUGAAUUCGAGUACCAACUGACCCUGCGCACCGACCUCUACACAAGCAGACACACGCAGUGGUACUACUUCCAAGUAAGCAAUACGCAGGCAGGGAUACCGUAUCGCUUCAAUAUCGUCAACUUCACCAAGCAUAACAGUCUAUAUAAAUGUGGCUUGCGGCCACUGUUGUGCUCCGAAGCUGAUGCUACAAAACACAAGAUUGGCUGGCGAAGAACUGGAAACGAAAUCAAGUAUUAUAAGAACAGUGCGGGCCAAGGUGGACGUCAAUAUUUCUCCCUGACUUGGACAUUCCAGUUCCCUCAUGACCGAGACACCUGCUACUUUGCUCACUGCUAUCCUUACACCUACUCCAACCUGCAGGACUACCUGGUGGCCAUCUCAAAAGAUCCAGUGAAGUUCAAAUUCUGCAAGAUUCACAUCUUGUGCCACUCACUGGCAGGAAACACAGUGUAUGUUCUAACUAUCAUCAACCCUCCUAAAAGUGGCAAGGACACUGAGAGAAAGGCUCUAACUGCGAGAACGCAUCCAGGAGAAACUAACAGUUCCUGGAAAAUGAAGGGCUUUCUGGAUUACAUUCUUGGCUAUUCAGGCAAAGCUCAACUCCUGCGGGACAAUUUUGUCUUCAGAGUAGUACCCAUGUUGAACCCAGAUGGUGUGAUUGUGGGAAAUCACCGCUGUUCUUUAAUGGGUCAGGACUUGAACCACAAAUACAGAUCUAACAUGAAGAAAUUUUAUCCUUCCAUCUGGUAUACCCGAAACAUGAUCAAAAGAGUGAUGGGGGAACGUGAUGUUUUUCUGUAUGACAUCCAUGGUCACAACAGGAAAAAAAAUGUCUUCAUGUGUGGUUGUGAGAGAAAGCAGCAAGCAAAAGCACCGUGGGUGCACCCAUGUGUCUUCCCACUCUUGCUGAGCAAGAGCUGCCCAGAUAAGUUCUCGUUCCCAGACUGCCAUUUCAGAGUACAAAAGAGCAAAGAAGGCACAGGUCGAGUGGUGAUGUGGAAGAUGGGCAUCAACAACAGCUACACUUUGGAAGCCUCUACCUGUGGCUCUAAGUUGGGCUGCAGGUGAAGCACCCAUUUCAAUGUGAAAGACUUGGAGUCAAUAGGACAGCAUUUCUGUCAUGUUCUCUUGAACUACCAAGCUUCUGACAGCCGAGACUCCUGUGAUCUUGUCAUACACCAGCUAAAACUAGGUACUAAG